ACGCUCGUUGCCUGCGCAUUCGUAUGCCGAGUUUGGCGUAUCCGCGCCUUGUUCCAUCUCUACAGGGACGUCUGGCUGCCAUCCCGCAAGCACGUCGCUUCGCUUUCGAGACACCUGCGCCGGCAUCCUGAUCGGCAGGCCCCUAUUGAACACGUCUUCAUCGUCAAAUCAUCUACAGACCACCUGUCUACGUUCGCGAUGAUGCUCGCGCGACAGCUCCCAAGCUUGCGAUCACUGACGCUGGUCGACGUCGACUUCCGGACAGCCCGCUCUCUACACGCGGGCAGCAUCAGGCAUCUCUCUGCGUAUCCCAACAUGACGCGCCUCGAGCUUCGCUUUGUGGCGUUUGAAACGGCCUCCCAAUUCGCCUCUCUGCUGUUGGCGCUUCCGCAUCUCCGGUACCUCGCCUGCCACACUGUC